CCACGUCAUGCGGAAGCAGCGGCAGCAGCAGGCAACACCCACGCUGUUCCAUCGACCAUGUAGCCCAGCCUCCCUCCGAAGAACCAGCACCUCACUGGGCUGUCGUCGUGUGUCCCCUCGGUCUGUGGGAGCUCCGCCGCACCGUGCCUCUCUUCUGUGCUCCUGUCACCGCAGAGAUCUUGGAAUGCUGCUGGACGAGACUCCGCUCUUUGAGCCUUCUCUGCUUGAGGAGCUCGACUGGAGCUGCAACACAGUGUCCUUCUCUCCACCCAUCUCUCCGUCCAGCCCCGGAGAAGGCCUGGUGCUGAGGCCGCUCUGUGUGGCCGACUUCAAUAGAGGAUUCUUCAAAGUUCUAUCUCAACUCACGAAGACGGGCGAUGUCACACCAGAGCAAUUCACAAAAAAGUUUGAGCACAUGAAGAAGACGGGAGACUACUUUGUGAUUGUGGUGGAGGACACAAAUCUGGGACAGAUUGUUGCUACGGCCACAUUGAUCACAGAACACAAAUUCAUCCACUCCUGUGCUAAGAGAGGCCGGGUGGAGGAGGUCGUCGUGAGUGACGUUUGCAGAGGGAAGCAGCUGGGCAAACUGUUAGUUUCAACUCUCACUCUUCUCAGCAAAAAACUGAAUUGCUACAAAAUCACAUUGGAAUGUGCACCCAAAAAUGUGGCUUUUUACCAAAAGUUUGCCUAUGGCGCAUCAGAGGAGACCUACAUGCAGUGUCGAUUCUCUGACUGAGGACAGCAGCAGCUUGGAGAACUAUUUGGGAGAAAUGGACCAUACCUUUAUAAUUGCAGGGAUUUAAGUUCUAUGUUUUUGCGAUUGAUUUACACAAAGCAGGAUUCCAGAGAAAGGAGUCUUGUCUGCAGGGCUUCUCUUUGUGUGCACUUCGUGUCCUGACAGUGGAGCUGACCUGAGAGCAGAGCCUGCGCCAGAAGUGACCCCACAGAGGAGCCCUGCAGGCAGACAUGCAGAGAGGCCCUGGAUGAGAUCAAUGUAGAUCUGAAGGAGGAAUUUGCGAAGGGGACUGGGGUGUGACACAGUGAGCUUGCCUGGCAGCUGUAUGAAACCAUUAGAUGUAGAAUUUGAAGGGAAAACAGGCAGUUAAUGAGCGAAACGCAAAUAUUCAUUGUCAGCUCUAAAAAAAAGACAAGAAAACGGCAGUGCACAGUGGGGGAAUCACAAGCCCUGUACACAAACCGACAUCAGAACUUGACAAUGUCUUAAGCACUGGCAGAUACAUGAAUGUAUGUUAAAGCCCUCUCUGCUCAGUCCAACAUCAUCCUUUGCCCCUUUGGUAACCACGGUAACUUGACAUCCUCUUCCUCAUCAUCUGCCAGUUACUGCAAAUGUGAUGUCCUCUCGUGUUACGCUGCUGAGUAAAUGACAGAGAACUUUCAAAUAUCUGUGACUACCAUGAAACUGGAAGUAAAUGUGCUCAAAUGAACAAAAGAAGUAAGAGUUUACAACAGUUUCUCAACAACACUACAAAUCCAAACAUUCUUGAAGGAUCAGGAUUCAGCAAACAAUCUCUGUUGUAAUGAUCAUAAAGGGUGAGUCACCAAAGAACAGCAACUUUUUCCAGAACAGGUUUCCUUCUUCAGUCCUCUCUGCACAUACGACUUUUCUUUCUGACAGUUGUGUUGCUGGAUAAUUAUGAAGGUUCAAAUACAUAAAGCAUCAACUGAACAACAAAAAUUUUGUGAGGCAGUAGAAAGGAAUUAAUAGGUUUUUACAGUUUUGUAUCUGGUGUAUUUUCCCAAUCAGCAGAGAUGAGAAAUGGGUAACAAGGAUUUUGUAAGCAAACUUUUAUUUAAGCUUUUUGUAGUUAAGAUUUAUAACUAUGCUGUUAAUCUGGUGAACAUAUGUAUGUAAUUUAUUUCCAAAUAUGUAAUAUCCAAAAUAAAAUAUUCUGAUCUACA